AUGGAUGUGCUAGACGAAAAUGAAGCCCUACAGCAGUUCUUUGAAGAUUUUCAAUUUUCCUUUGCAGCUCAGGGAGCCAGUGGUACUCUGGAGAACCCAGCCCUGGAUACGAGUCUGCUUGAAGAAUUCUUGGGCAAUGACUUCGAUUUAGGAGCCUUGCAACGGCAGCUCCCUGACACCCCGCCCUAUUCUGCAUCGGACCCACGCUCUCCCCCACAGGUCAAAGGCGCGUGCUGCGGGACCCCGAGGCCUGCAGCGGGCAGGAUGCCCGCCACCUUCCUGCACUCCAUCACCACCACCACCACCACCACACCGGGGGUGCCGCCUGAGCACCCACCGCAGAGCGUGUCCAGCCAAACCCACAGCAGCUUUCACAACGGCUACCUGGACUCCAGACCCCCCGCCACCCCCCGCCACCAAACCGGGCCUUCCCAUCUGGGCAUGAGUUGCCCUUACCGUCAGCAGCCUCUGUACCACGUUCCUGGAGCCUCGUUGCCUCCGACAAAGAAGAGAAAGCAUGCGCAGAUCCGAGAGGACUCCGGGGAUGGCCGCGUGUGGGCCCACCACUUCAGUCCAAUGACAAGUAGGACUCACGGCAUUGACGUGCAGGACCAUGACCGAGAGGGACACAAUGGGAUGCCUGUGGACCAAUGCUCCCCUGCUCUGAAGUGGCAGCCGUACCAAAGUGUUCCUUGGCACAGCUUAUUAAACAGUCAUUAUGAGAAACUGCCUGAUGUGGGCUAUCAAGUGGUGACGGACAAAGGAUUCACCUUCUCGCCAGUAGAUGAAGCUUUUGUUUGUCAAAAGAAGAACCAUUUCCAGAUAACUAUCCAUAUCCAAGUCUGGGGAAGUCCGAAGUUUGUUAAAACCCAAACGGGCCUUCAGCCAAUAGAAAUGUUUUACUUGAAAGCUUUUGGAAUUAAGGUAGAAGCCACUAAUCAAGUGAUUGCUAUUGAACAGUCCCAAGCAGAUAGGAGCAAAAAGACUUUCGAUCCUGUUAAAAUUGACCUCCUGACUGACCAGGUUACCAAAGUGACGCUGGGACGGUUACACUUCAGCGAAACCACAGCCAACAACAUGAGAAAGAAGGGGAAGCCAAAUCCCGACCAGAGAUACUUCAUGUUGGUGGUCGGACUGUAUGCUGCUAAUCAGGACCAGUUCUACCUGUUGGCUGCUCACGUAUCUGAAAGGAUCAUUGUUCGGGCCUCUAACCCUGGGCAGUUUGAAAAUGACAGUGAUGCAUUGUGGCAGCGAGGACAAGUUCCAGAAGCCGUCAUCUGUCACGGUCGAGUAGGAAUAAACACAGAUGCACCUGACGAAGCCCUGGUUGUCUGUGGCAACAUGAAAGUGAUGGGAACCAUCCUGCAUCCCUCUGACAGCCGGGUGAAGGAGAAUAUCCAGGAGGUUGACACAAACGAACAGCUGAGAAGAAUAGCCCAGAUGAGGAUUGUUGAAUAUGACUACAAGCCGGAAUUUGCAUCUGCCAUGGGGAUAAACACGGCCCACCAAACAGGAAUGAUUGCCCAAGAGGUGCAAGAGGUCCUGCCCAGAGCCGUAAGAGAGGUUGGGGACGUCGCGUGUGGAAAUGGGGAGACGCUGGAGAACUUCCUCAUGGUGGAUAAGGACCAGAUCUUCAUGGAGAACGUAGGCGCCGUGAAACAGCUUUGCAAACUGACCAACAACCUGGAAGAACGGAUCGAGGAGUUAGAAAUAUGGAACAAAAGGCUGACCAGGUUAAAACGCCUCAGCAGCAGCUGGAAGUCCUCUGUCAGUGAAGCCAGUUCAAGCAGCAAAUUUAGCAGAGCUGUUAGUACCUCUCCUCCAAGAAGGGCCAUUUCCAAAAAGCCCAACAAGGUGUCCUUUUCAGGGAGGAAACAGUCCUGCCCCAACUGGGUUUUCCAGACACUGGUUAUAGCUUUAAUUGCUGUAAUGACGUUUUGCGCCCUGACGAUAGUCGCCCUUUACAUACUUAGCUUAAAGGAUCAAGACCGACGCUCCCCAAAUCUCCCUCUAAGCAAUAUUACCAGUUCUCCAGAGCCGACUCUGCCGUCCACAGCUUCCCCCUCAGCUCCUCACACAACCUUGGCGACCACACAGACCUCCCCUCAAGUGCCUGAAAUCACUUUCUGUGAGAUCCUGACGUGUCAGGAAACUUACUGCUGCCCCGUGUGGGGACCACGAACGUUAUUUUCAAGUCCUGCACAGAGACUAUUGGCAGCAGAGAGAGAAAUCCAUCAGAGAGAGCGGGCAGAAGACAAAAGCAAAUCAUUCCUGGCAAGAGAUGCGCUUAUCAGCCCUGACUGGGAGAGCGACUGGAUUGAUACAACCAUUGCUUCUAUUCAGAUUAUGGAAAUCCAGCAAAUGAUAGACCGUCGGUAUUGCAGCAGGAUGCUCCACUGCGGGUCUGGUCUUUAUAAUUAUAAUAUUCCUGUUAAUAAGAACACACCCACCAACGUCAAAUUCUCUCUGGAAAUCAACACAACCGAGCCACUGAUAAUCUUCCAAUGCAAAUUCACCGUUGGGAACAUAUGUUUCCACAGUCAAAGGGAAAGAACCCAGAGCCACAGAGAGGACGCCCAGAUGACGCAGGGCUAUCGGCACAUUUGGAGACUCCCCGUGGCCCCGUUCUCCGACAGCGCCUACCACUUUCGAGUCGCGGCACCAGAUCUAGCGGACUGUUCGACGGAUCCUUUUUUUGCUGGGAUUUUCUUCACAGAUUACUUCUUUUAUUUCUACCGACGCUGUAACUAAUUUAUUCAAGCGUGAGGACUUUACCAAAGAGAAGCACGCAGGAACACAGUUAACAGAAACUGGCAUUUCCUCUCACAACUUCUUUGACCUUUCUGUAAAGCACUCAUAUAUUUUUGCUGAAGGAAUCCUUCAGGUUUGGCUUCCAGUGGUUUUCAGACUUGAUGAGAAUAAAGCGUUUGCCA